AGACUGCAGUUAGUAACAGUGAAAUGGCUAAAGCUAAUAUUUUAGGACUUCAAGAUCAGUUCAACUGUUCAAUCUGUCUGGAUCUAAUAAAGAAUCCAGUGACUCUACAGUGUGGACACAGUUUCUGUAUGAAGUGUAUUAAUGCCUGUUGGGAUCAGGAGGAUCAGAAGGUAGUCUAUAGCUGUCCUCAGUGUAGACAAACCUUCACUCCAAGACCUGCUGUGAGUAAAAACACCAUGCUGGCUGACAUAGUGGAGACUCUGAAGAAGGCAGGAGUCCAACCUACACCUCCUGCUCAGUGUUCUGCUGGACCUGAAGAUGUGGAGUGUGAUUCCUGCACUGAGAGAAAACACAAAGCCAUCAAGUCCUGUCUGGUGUGUCUGGCCUCUUUCUGUGAGACUCACCUCCAGCCUCACUAUAAAUCUCCUGCCUUUAAGAAGCACAAGCUGGUGGAAGCCUCCAGACGACUCCAGGAGCAGAUCUGCUCUCAGCAUGGCAAACUGCUGGAGGUUUACUGUCGCACUGACCAGCAGUGUAUCUGCAUGUUGUGUGCCAUGGAUCAACAUAAAGGACACGAUACAGUAUCAGCUGCAGCAGAAAGAGCUGAGAAACAGAAACAGUUACUGGAAAAGAUUCAGGAAGGAGAGGAGCAGCACCAUAAGCUAACAAAAGCAGUGGUGUCUUACAUGCGCUCCGCACAAAAAGCGUUGCAGGAACAUGAAAGGAUAUUUAGUGAUCUGAUCAAAUUCACUAAGAGACGCUGUGAGGUAACGGCGCUGAUCAGAGCUCAAAAGAAAGCUGUAGUCAGUCGGGCUGAUGCAGUGUUUGGGAAACUGAAGCAGGAGAUGGCAGAGCUGAAGAGGAGAGAUGCUAAGAUGAAGGAGCUUUCAUACAUGGAGGAUCCCAUUUAUUUUUUACAGAAUUUCAAGUCUAUGGGGUGCGACGUACCAACCAUCACAUUACAUUCUCUCCUUAAUUUUAAGAAUGUAAUAAAGCCUGUUUCUCAACUGAGGAGGGAGCUAGAAGAGCUUCGUAAAGACCAGAUUAUGGAUAUAUCGAGUCAAGCCAAUUGUGCCAGCUCUAACAACCCUGUAGAUGAUCGAGCCGCUGUGGGUACCAUGAAGGUUGGGUGCAGUCCUCAGUCCUCCACACAGUAUUUUCAGGAGAAAGGGUCCACUUCUGUCAAGAAUGAUGAUGAUUCCUAUCCUGGCCCCGCCAAGCGACGUCGCACACUCACUCUGUACCCCCAUGUUUUUACACCCAUAGGAUCAGAGCUUAGUAAUGAACUAAAGCCAGUUUGUUAUAACGUUGCCACUCCGACCGAUUUCAAAGUGUCUGUCGGUACACAAACUGAUGAAAGUGUUUCUGUUGGCACCCAAACCGAUUUUACUCCUGCACUGUCUGUGAACAGACGCGUUUUUACUUUUAUGCCUCUCACCUCUCAACUUCCUGUGGCUGUUGUUUUUCCUCAGAGAGUAUUGCCUUCUGAUAUGUGAUAUCUCAUCUGUACAUUACGGAUGCUUACCCAGGCCCACUAUGUCUUGUGUAUCUUUUUUAGUUGGGGCCUUAUACUCUGUAUGCAUUAAUUUGUGACUGAUCCUUAUAUUUAAACUCAGUAUUUCUAAAACUUACUUUUGUCUAUGGCUAAAUAGGU